AUGCAGAAGUUAAACGUCCCUCAUAGCCAUGCAGUCUAUAUAAUCAUGAUAACCGGAAACCCAAGAGCCAAGAAGUUGCUCCACCACCCUUCCCUUUUUUCCCCAUUCCCAAAUCACACCAUGAAAUUCCACCGCCGUUUGAGUCCGCCGGAGAAUCCAGUCAACUUUCUCAAAGUCAUUCUCUCCGACGAUACUCAAUCUACAGGCAUUAGGAUGCCGAAGAAGUUUACAGAGAAGCAUGGAAAAGAUCUGUUGGAAAGAGUGAUACUGAAGGUACCAAACGGUGACGUUUGGCGAGUUGACUUACAGAAGUCGGGGGAUGAGAUUUGGCUGGAAAACGGUUGGCCGGAAUUUGCAGAACAUUACGGAUUAGGAUUUGGGCAUUUGUUGAUGUUCAACUACGAAGGGUUUUCCAUAUUUGGUGUGAUUAUAUUCGAUACAAGUGCAUUGGAGAUAGUUUAUCCCCCUAUGAAGAAAGAUCCACUCAGAAACUCUACAAAAGAGAUGUCAAGAAAGAAUCCACAAGAAGUCAAACUUACUAAACUGAAGACUGUAAAGAUAGAAGAAGAGACAUGUUCAUCGAGUGAAGAUGAAAGCCCUAGGGUCAAGAUUAAUGUUGGAGGUGAAUAUUCAAGAAAGAGUUUGGCAGUUGGAAGAGUUAAAGCUACUUUCAAAUCCCACAAACCUUUCUUCGUGGCUUGCAUCCAAAAAACAUAUCUUGUGAGAAAAAGAGGACUGCGUGUACCACAUGAAUUCAAAAAGAAGUAUUGGAGUGGUGGCAAGAAGCAUAGCAAAUAUUUGCUUAAACUUGCGAAUGGUGGAAGACAAAAGACUUGGGAAGUUUUUGCAUAUGAUGAUGAUUAUUUGGGGUAUGGUGACUGGAGGAUGUUUGUUAAAGAAAAUGGUAUUAAAGUUGGGCAUAUCUGUGUUUUUGAGCUGAUUCACACACACCAAAAUGUUUUUCAUGUUACCAUCAUUAGAUCUACAACUUAA